AUGAACCCCCUUAAACCUAUGCAGGCCCCUAUACAGGUUGUACCAUUGAAGACCAUNAGUGAAUCAAGGCUCUCUGAGUGUCGUCACCAAGGGUUAGGAUCUCACAACUGUGGGCACAAUGAAGACGCUGGUGUUGUUUGUGAAGCUCUUUCACCAGUGAGGCUGGUCAACUCUGACAACCGCUGCUCUGGCAGAGUGGAGGUCUUCCAUAAUGGACGAUGGGGGACAGUGUGUGAUGAUUUCUGGGACAUGAAUGAUGCUCGGGUGGUGUGCAGACAGCUGGACUGUGGUGAAGCUCGUGCAGCGCCGCCACAAGCCCAGUUUGGACAGGGCAGUGGACCCAUCUGGUUGGACAAUGUUAAAUGUCUGGGAAAUGAAUCAUCGAUCACAGACUGCAGUCAUCAAGGAUUUGGGGUCCACAACUGUGGUCACAAUGAAGAUGCCAGCGCUGUGUGUGAAUUCCAGCCCUCUUCACAUGAGGCUACUCAGGUUAUUUGCAACCAUGAUAAACUCCUGAUAGGACUGCAUAUAAACAGCAUGACAACUGCUGGUUUGAGACCAUUCUCGGGCAACCUGGCUUCCCGCAACUGCUCCUUGUUCUCUGUGCAUGAUAAUAUGGUUUGGUACGAAGUGGAGGCUCAGGCAGAUGCCUGUGGAAAUAAACUGAGGACAAACAGGACGCAUGCCGUCUACUCCAAUGCUUUGUUUAUCUACCCAUAUGAUCAACGCAUCACCAUUCCUGUGACUCUUCCCUUCUCCUGCGCUUAUCCUCUGGACACCAACAACUCACUGUAUAUGACUGAGUAUUAGGCUAUUCCUGCCUUAAGGACCCGUUUAUUAAAUAU